GGAUGAGCGGGAGUGUGAGAGCCGCAGGUCGUGUCCCCCGCGCGACUGAGAGACGCGCUCCAUCCCGCGGGCCUCGACCUAAAGAAGUCCCGCUUCUGCAGCUGGACGGACUGAGGGACGGAGAGGACGAGGACGCUGAUGUUAUUCCCGUUCCUGGAAAAACCCUGGGAGCGGCGUCAGCCCUGAGCUGGGGUUCGGCUCCUUCAUCCAGAACACUGCAGAAAUGGGAUGUCGGGGGGGCGGAGACGCAGGAGGAACAUGUCUCAGUGUCGGCGUCUUCUCAGUACAGCUACAGAGACUUGACCUUAAGAUCUGCCAGCAGUCUCAAAGUCAACAUGGAACCAGCUUAUCACAGCUCACACACUUUUACCGAGCGCCAUCACAAACAGACAGACCUGAGCCACACCCGACCCAGGAAGCUGGAAGCGGAGGGCGUGGAGAUGGAGAGGAGACGGCAGGCUGUGAUGGAGCAGGUGAUGGCUGAUCAGCUCUCCAGAGCCGUUAUCAGCGACCCGGAACAAAAUUCCGCAAACUCAGACAACUUUACAGCUCGACACAAGAGGACUUUACACCACACCAUGGUGAAAACGCCGAAAUCUUUAACAGAGAACAUCCUGUCCUACAAACUCUGCUUUCAUGCCAGAAUUGUCUCACGGUGUGGGCGUGAAGCCUGUCGAGAGCUGAUUGGCUUCUACUUCACAUGUGAUCAGACUCUAACAGUGUAUGAGUAUCGCAGUUUUGGGAAGAACAGAUGUAAUGCACUACCAUUUAUUGCGCGUGGGGUUUAUAGGAUUCGAGGGCGUCCAUAUUGUCUCUCUGACAUCUCACAGGGUUUAAAUCUGCGCUUCAGUACAGACGGACCGCACGUCCCUGAAAACCUGAGACAGCGGCCGUAUCUCACUCUCAGAGUUACUGAUGUGGACGAGGAUGCCAAGGGUUCACUAUUACUGCGGUGCAGAGAAACUGAAGCUCAUCUUUCUGCAGAGGAAAUAAACGAUCGGAAAAUGCUAACGGCGGUUCAGGCGUCUGUGCGUGAGAGGCUGAGGGGUCGCGCUAUCCGAACUCUGAUGGUGUUAGGAAGGAGACUGCAGAGUUUAGAUGUGAAUCAGAACGGCAUUGUGGGUAAAGAUCAGCUCAGAGAGUGUCUGAUGGAGGAGCUGAGUCUCAGUAAACAGGAGGUGGAGGUGUUGUGGAGGGCCGUGGGGCUUCAGAGGGAGCUGGUGCUAGACUGUGCUGAGACUGUAUGUGCCGUGACCGGAGACAUGAACGAGACCAGAAAAGCCGUGUUUAUUAAGGUUUAUAUUAAACUCGACCCAAAUAAAACAGGUUCAGUUUCUCUGACUGACAUUGAGAAGUUUUACUGUGGUAAUCAGCAGCGGCACACUGAGCACGGAGCAGAAUUAGACUUCCUCACGUGUGUACGAGAUGCAGGAGGACUCGGUAAACACGUGUCAUACGCCACGUUUCAGGACUAUUAUGAAGGACUGAGCAUCGAAAUUCCUAAUGACCAGGUUUACAUCAACAUCCUGAGAAGCACCUGGAAUAUCUAAGUGUGUGUGUGUGUGUGUGUGUGUGUGGG